AGGAACUGAGAGAAAUUUUCUCUUUUCAUUCCUGUACUCGAGCGACGUCUCUCAAACAACCAGAGAUCGCCUGUCCUACUUUGUCAAUCUCGUCCUGGAUCAUUGAAGCUGAGAGAAGAGAUCGUGUUGAAGUCAAUGAUGAAGCUGCUCCGUGCUGCCAUCGGUACCCGCUCCAGAGAUUCGACCUGAAAGAAUCCGAUCAUUCACCUCCGACAAUAAGACCGGUGAAGCGCGCCUGUUCUACAGGUCGAACGCCAGCCAUGAGGAUGUGCCUUGUCACAAGUUGGACUCAGCGGUGCGUUUGCGGGGGCACCGUCUGGAAAGGCCUGAACCCGAAAAAACUACACUAUUCGGGCCGUGGUGUUCGGGACUUCGUGUUGCGGUCCUGCUCGACCACCGUUAAAUCCCCAGAUGGCGGCAAGAAGACACCUGAACGGAAGGCAAUCUCCGAAAUGCAGCAGACAAUUAUUAAAUCCAUAAAGGGUACGAGAAUAAAGUUGGAUGUCAACCAAGAAUACACCGAGAGGAAUUUCAUCACGCCAAUCAGGGCCAUGACCGAAUACGGACUCAAACUGCAAGACCUCGAGGGUCUGAAGAAAACUCUUCGACGUAGCCCCAUCAGCGACAACCCCCCUAUUACUGUGUUCCUCCGACGUGACGUGGAAUCGAAAGCUCUGGAAGUUUACGGCUCCAUGGAAGCCCUCGAGGACAUCCAAGCGAAGCAGCUGGAAGAGCUGGACCGACUACGGGAGGAAGAAAAUCUGAACGCCAAGAAAAUCCUCAAAGAGUUCUACAAAGCUGAGCGUCGGAACGACGAAGCACGACAGCGGGAACAGAUACUGAAGGGCAGCGGGAGAGUUGUAAAAACCGCGGUGGUCAUCAAUGCCGGCAACUGUGUCUUCAAAACCGUAGCUUGGUUUUACUCGGGCUCUCAUUCCAUGUUUGCCGAAGCUGUUCACAGUUUCGCGGAUACCCUCAACCAGCUGAUCCUGGCAUUCGGGAUUCGGAAAUCGCUCCAGCAAGCAAAUCCGAACCAUCCGUAUGGAUAUCACAACAUGAGAUACGUCUCUUCGUUGAUUUCGGGAGUCGGAAUAUUCUUCUUCGGAGCGGGCCUCGCCUGGUAUCACGGCUUCAUGGGUCUCAUUUACCCCGAAGCCGUACACUCGCUAUACUGGUCUUUCGUGAUCCUUGGAGGGAGCUUCUUGAGCGAAGGCGGAACGCUAUUCGUCGCAUACAAGGAGAUUAAGAGCGGGGCUCGAAAAGAAAAUGUCCCCAUGUUGGAUUACAUUAUCCGCAGCCGGGAUCCCUCGGUGAACGUGGUCCUUCUGGAGGACAUUGCCGCCCUUAUGGGGGUAUCCAUAGCUGGCACCUGCAUGGGCUUGACGCAUGUGUACGAGAACCCAAUCUUCGACGCUGUCGGCUCGCUCUUGAUCGGGGGGGUUUUGACUUGCGUCGCAUCCUUCAUAGUCUACACCAACACCACUGCCUUGGUCGGAAGAUCGAUCCCCUUCGAGCAAAUGCAGCGCAUAAAUCGGGAGCUCGAGACCGACGUCAUGAUCAGAGCUAUCUACGACGUCAAGGCCACUGAUAUGGGAAACCAAAUCGUCCGCUACAAAGCUGAGGUGGAUUUCGACGGGCGCGAACUAACCCGAAGCUACAUCGAUACUCAAGAUUUGGAAUUCUUGUUGAAGGAAGUGCAGGGCUUCAAAACGAUAGAAGAGCUGGACGCAUUUAUGUUGAAACACGGCGAGAACGUCAUCGAUCUCCUCGGGGCCCAAGUCGACCGCAUCGAACGGAAGCUCAAGAAGAGACAUCCCGAUGUACGCCACGUAGAUCUUGAAGUUCUAUAGAGAUACGGAUCUCUCGAUCAUUAUGGAAUUCAGCUGAAUGCAAGACUCCUCCUGAGCGAUAGUCUGCAACUCGGACAUGCGAUGGGAGUUUAUGUGAUGUAAGGAGGUCCGUGUCGGCGAGUGAUGAGAAGACUCGGAUUGCCGCGAAGUCGACCGCUCUUUUUAAGAAUGAAGCCUAUGGGUCGAAUGGUUCCCUCCGAACUCGGAGCGAUGACGUCCGAGGGAGCGAGAAGAGGAGCUGGCUGGACACGGACGUCAUGCGGCUCGGCAUCAUACUGCGACAGCAAAGUCUGUAUAGCUCCUGAGUCUGGGAAACAAUUGCUAUUAUUUUGUUCUGUAGUGGAGGAUCUUCCCGCGCCCCGCUUAGAAAUCUGAGCCCCCCCUGAGAUCGUAGUUCGUGGUAGGCAUGGGCAGCGGGGCGGACGCAGAUCGCGAUGACGCAAGGCUGCCCUUGAUUGAGCGCAUAUAUUCACGAGACUGAGCUUAGACUUUGUGCGAGUGGAUUGCCGCGCGUGCGUAAGACGCGUGAGAACCCGAAGGGAUUGUGUCGCAUCCGGACCCGCUGCGGAACGUUGACGAAGACUGAGAGACAACGCACAAGGCGUGUGUAUGUAUAAGAUUUGGGCGCUACGAGAUGAGGAAUGACGGAAAAAUAAAAAAUCUGUAAUCU